ACGUUUCAUUGUCUGUUUCUCCUAUCCUCUGCCACAGCCUCGCACUCACAAAGCUGAAUGAAGUACAGUCUUCCUCAAGUUCUUUAGUUUUUGAGCAGUUCAAUGAAAUGGGUCGGUUUUGUCGUCUAUGAAUUUCUUAGUUUUUAGGAUUGAUUAUGUUGGGUUUCCAAUCGUUUUGCAUAUGAUCCAUGCUUUGCAGACAUCGCUCUUACCGGAUUGAGGCUAUUGAUUCAUAUAAUACAGUACCGGUUUGCUUUUCAUCACUUGAUUUCUCUUUUUGGCACCAUUUUGAAUCAUAUAUUACUGGAGUGCAUUUGGCUAUUGCUCGCAAAAAAAUAUUGUUUGGGAGUGUUUUUUUUUUUUUUAAUUAUGAUUUGAAAAUGUAGAAAAAUUCAUGUUUUCAAAUCGCACGCAGUUGGGUGUGUUUCUAAAAAUGCAUGACUUUAAUGGGUAAACUGUAAUUCUGUCAAACGGUCAACUGAGUUUUUAAAAAUCGCAAACUCAAACGGAUAAAAGGGAGUGUGAUAGCGAUCAGUCAUUCUUAAAACACUUCUGCACUGGAUUUCAGAAGUUUACUUUUAUUCUGUAAUUGUAUAUCAGAUUUCUGUUUUCCCCACUACUUUUAAUCUGUACUUUUCCUCUGUAAUUGUGGAAGAUAUAUUCUCCAUUGCCUUUGUUAUAUUAAUAUGGUUUGAUCGCAAGUAGACAGUUGAUGUUUAAAGAUAGGCAGUUCAGAGAGUCGAUUGACUUUGGAAUCUAAAAAGGAAACCUCUUCUAAAAGGUUCAUAUCAUUUGUGAUGUCAGGGAAAUCCAUUCUCAGCAGCCCCUUCACCACGUUAAAAGAAUUGUAUAAUAGUUUGUCUUUUGAGUUGCACAUAUUUUGCCGCUUUUUAAUAUAUGCAUUGUGUGGGUUGUGUUCAUCCAGGGAGCCAGUUGUUUAUUAACAUGCAGAAGUAGUAAGUAAAUCAAGAUCAAAAUCCUAUUCUAGGCUGCUGCUAUGGCGACCACCAAGGUCUAUAUAGUGUAUUACUCCUUACAUGGACACGUGGAGACUAUGGCAAGGGAAGUGCAACGAGGAGCUAAUGCAGUUCAAGGUGUUGAAGCAACACUUUGGCAGGUACCUGAGACACUCCCUAACUUGAUACUCCAAAAAAUGAAGGCCCCUCCUAAAGCGAAUGAUGUAGCAGAGAUCAGGCCAGAGCAACUUAUGGAGGCUGAUGGAUUUAUCUUUGGAUUUCCUUCUCGUUUUGGAGUGAUGGCAGCCCAGUUCAAGGCCUUCUUCGAUGCCACCCAUGAGCUAUGGGCAUCCCAAGCACUUGCUGGCAAACCUGCUGGAAUCUUCUGGAGUACUGGUUUUCCUGGGGGAGGCCAGGAGCUCACUGCAUUGACGGCUGUAACACAGUUAGCACAUCAUGGUAUGUUAUAUGUCCCUCUUGGCUACACCUUUGGGAGCGGCAUGUUUGAGAUGAAUGAGCUGAAAGGUGGCUCUUCUUAUGGUGCUGGAACUUAUGCAGCAGAUGGAUCUCGUCAACCAACAGAGCUAGAACUCGAGCAGGCCUUCUACCAGGGCAAAUAUGUUACCGAGAUAGCUAAAAAACUGAAAAAUCAACCCCUUUCGGCAGUAAUGUAAAGUCUGACAAUGUUAAGGAAGAAAAUCUGAGCAAAGAAGGAAAGCAAGAGCAACCUUCACUCACCUAUUACAAACUAAUUGAUGGUGACUUUCAUGUAUAAAAUAAUUACAGUUAAUACGCAUGGGAUUAUGUCUCCCAAUUUCCUUGUAUAAAUAACCCAUCAUAUAUGUAAGUUUGUACAAAGUUUUUCUUUA